UGAGAAAAAGGAAACACUAGCUGGCAGCACAUACGCGCACGGGCUCGUUCGAUGCGUAUGGGUAGGGUGCCGCCGCUGCCUCCGAUCUACGCGGCGGCUGAUCUACUUCUCUGGCCGUCCGCCGCCGCCGGCCGGAUUCCUCCUGCUCAUGUGCCUCUGAUUUGGAUCGAAGUCACGGCGAUAGUGGUGCGGCGGCAGCGGGGGAGGAGGCGAGGGUGGCAGCGAUGGGUGGUGAGGCCUGAAGAUGAGGUUGUCCUUGUAGGAGGAUGCCGGGGACGGGCAGCGCGAUGAGGGUGGCGCAUCGAAGUUGGAGACCGGCGUGUGUUCCGGCAACGGGUGGAGGGGCAGCCGUGCGGUGGUGGGGAGCAGCGGGUCCGUGUCCAUGGCCGGACCACCGGGGCUGGGGGUUUCUUCCCGGAUUGUCGAUGAAUAUACUUGGGGAUUCGUGAUUCUCGUGUCCCUUGAUGCGGUGCGAGAUUCAUGGGGAUUUGGGGCGAGGAAGAUUGGGGUGCGAUUCGGGGGGAUCAUGCCUCGGAUUCUUGGGGUCGUCGGGGAUGCGGUGAUUGAAGGAGAAGACGGUGGAGAUAGAGAGGGAGGGGGAGGCUUCGGAUUUCAAAAAUAGACUUGGCUCGUUCGAUACUGCCAAUUCUUUUGGUGCUGAUUUUGAGUUGUUAAGAACCCUUGAUUGAUGCAAAUCUUAAUUUUGUUUUAUGUGGAGCACCAGUGUUGGGGAUAUCUUGUUAAACAUCCAGUUCCCCUGACAUGCAUGAACUGUUCAGUAUAGGAUUCCCAUCUUAUGCAGCUAUGUUUGCUCUAUUUACAUUGUUUUCUAUCAUGUGUUAUGUUUGCAACAUUUCCCUAUGCUUUGAUUGAUAAUAUGUAUUUUGAUGUUUUUGCCUAAUUUGUGUUUACCUUUGUUUCAUAGGAACUUGUCAAAUCUUGGUCUGAAGGGAAUGUUAUCUCCUGAGAUUGGACAGCUUACUAAUAUGCAUUUUCUUGUACUGCACAGGAACUUGUUCUAUGGUAUUAUCCCUAGAGAGAUGGGAGAUUUACGAGAGCUGAAGGUGCAGGAUCUGGGGUACAAUAACUUCAAUGGAUCAAUUCCAUCAGAGCUAAUAAACAUUUUAUCCCUGGAAUUUAUCUUUCUUAAAAGAAACAGACUUUAUGGUGAUUUACCUCUUGAACUAAAUGAGCUCAUCAGUCUGUGUGAGUCUCAGGUUCGCCACAGCAGGACUUUCUCAAAUAGGAUGCCUGCUGCAAGUUAUGUAUAUGCAAAGGCCAGUAGCAAGGAAAUGACUGCUCCUUGCUGGUCAGAUAUUUCCUAUUUCCAGGCUUUACUCAUUCUACUUUUCGCACCAUGCUGAUUUGUGAAUGAGAACCUACAUGAUCAUCCACCCUGAUUUGUAAUUCGUAGGCACGUCCAGACACUCAGGUAUGCAAUAUGGUUUUGCUCUUUUUUGUGUGAUUGUCAGCAUUCCCCACUGUUUCUUACAAUCAGAGAAAAACAAAAGGAGAUUUCACUCUACAAUGGAUGUCUUUCUCCCAGGCAUAUGUAAUUCCGCUGCUCUGAUUGCCAUCUAUCUCCAUCUAUCUUUGAUGGCGAUGAUGUUCUACCUCAACGCACUCCAGGUCUACCUCCACCAGGUACGGUGUUGUGAGGAAACACCCAAG